AUGCUUCGCCUUGGACUCGACUUGCCAGGCCCUGUGACUAGGACUACCCUCACCCAGCCGAUCUUCUGCAGCGAUUUGAUGAUGUUAUGGCCAUCUGAACCCCUCACUGAAGCAAUCCAAAUCGCCGGCGUCACCACAAAGCGAGAGGUCGAGAAGGUCGUGGCUCGUGUCAAUGUCAUACCCACGAAUCUCGGCCAGUGGCUUGCCGUCGCCAGGGCACUUGCUGCGCACGAAUCAUCCCUCGACGACUGGGUUCGCAAAUUCGCCGGCAGACCACUAGCCAAGAUCGAGGUGGCCAAGACUGUCUUUCCACCACACGUGCAAGACGUACUCUGUGGUAACGUAACAUACACGCACUCCUGGAACGGUCCAGGAACUUAG